CAUCUGUGACAUUUAUAUUUUGCAUAUAGUAAUCAUUGCGAUAAUUCUCCAUCUGUCCCACAGAUUUGGUUAAAAUGGACUCCAGAUUCCUGCUGUGCUGCCUAGUUCUGAGCUCGACAGGCUAUGUGGUGGUGUACGCACACAUGCUGCUCGAGGAGCGGGUCAGAAACACCAAUGAGUCUCCUACGGACAUGCUGCAGGGGCAGACACACUCCCAGACUCCCCCAGUCCUCAUUGUCGAAUUACCAAAAAAUGCUAAGAAAAACAAGACAAAAACAGAGAAGAGGCCAAAGAAGAACAAGUAUAGCACGAAGAGCAAACGGCCCACUCCACCAGCUAACUGCGUGCCCUUGUGGGGGAGCUGCAAGACGCCCAACGCUGUGUGCUGCGAGUACUGCGCCCAAUGUCACUGUCGCAUCUUCAAAACCGUCUGCUACUGCCGCAUGGGUUACCCAGGCUGCUGAGCACAACAGAAACUUAUGUGUUUCAACACAGACUUAGUGGUUCUACAGUACACACAAGUGGACUGGCUGCUUGGAUCCAGUUGGAGUGAUGGAUUAUGUGGACCUCUGAUGGACUGACAGUAGAGAAUAAAAAGGCUUUUUUUAUUUAAAAAAGCAUUGCACAUGAUAACAGAGACUUUACACCCCCCUGCACAAAACUAGAUUCAUUAUUAUAUUUUUAUUUAUUAUCAUUGUCAUUGCAAUAUUUUUUUAAUCAAAAAAGCACCAUUUAUUAGGAUCCAUAUGUAAGAUACUAUGUCCCAGAUGAAAAUAGAAGUUGUGAAGAUUGUGAAUGGAAUAUCUUGUCAUGUGAU